UGUUUAAUGUUGGAACUUCUUGCUGCUGGUCUGGUGCAGGUUGUACGGUUACGGCGUCGUAAAAGGGUGUUUUUGAAGAACUUUAAAGAUUUUCAAAGAAGAACAAAAAUAUCAAGAUGAGUUCGAGACAAGUAUUGCAAGUGUUUGAGCAAUAUCAGAAGGCCAGAACAACGUUCGUCCAGACAAUAGCUGAGUUGGCGUCACGUUCACAGAACAUAGAACUCCUCCAGAAUGCUGGUGUGAUGUCACUGUUGCGCCCUCUCUUGUUGGAUGUGGUGCCAACUAUCCAGCAGACGGCUGCUCUGGCGCUAGGUCGCCUCGCCAAUUACAACGAAGACCUUGCUGAGGCCGUCGUUAAAGGGGACAUCCUACCACAACUUGUGUACUCCCUUGCAGAACAAAAUCGUUUCUACAAGAAAGCAGCCGCUUUUGUGCUUCGCGCUGUGGCCAAGCACUCGCCCGAACUGGCCCAGUCCGUGGUUGACUGUGGCGCGUUAGAUGCCCUUGUCAUCUGCCUGGAAGAGUUUGAUCCCAGUGUAAAGGAAUCCGCUGCCUGGGCCUUGGGAUAUAUAGCAAGACACAAUGCAGAGCUUGCCCAGUCAGUGGUCGAUGCCGGAGCUGUGCCCCUCCUAGUCCUCGGCAUCCAAGAGCCUGAACUCUGCCUGAAGCGCAUCGCAGCAUCAGCCUUGAGUGAUAUCUGUAAACACUCGCCCGAGCUGGCCCAGACCGUUGUGGAUGCAGGCGCCAUCGCUCACCUCGCUCAGAUGAUCCUUAAUCCGGAUCAGAAACUCAAGCGUCAAGUCUUCUCAGCCCUGAGCCAGAUCUCCAAGCAUUCCGUUGACUUGGCUGAAAUGGUCGUCGAGGCCGAAAUCUUCCCAGCCGUCCUGACCUGCCUUAAAGACACGGACGAGUACGUCCGUAAGAACGUGGCCACGUUGAUCCGCGAGAUCGCCAAGCACACCCCUGAGCUCGCCCAGCUGAUUGUGAACGCCGGUGGCGUGGCUGCCGUUGUGGACUACGUCGGAGAGUCGGAGGGUAACGUCAGACUACCCGGAGUGAUGAUGUUGGGCUACGUAGCUGCGCACUCUGAGAACCUAGCCAUGGCUGUCAUUGUAUCCAAGGGAGUGACACAGUUGGCCAUAACCCUGGCCGAGGAGCCCCAAGAUCACAUUCAGGCUGCCGCUGCAUGGGCCCUGGGUCAGAUUGGCAGACAUACCCCUGAGCAUGCCAAGGCUGUGGCUGCUGCUAAUGUCCUGCCUAAACUUCUACAGUGCUACCUUCGAGCUGAUGCCUCUGAAGACCUGCAGACCAAGGCAAAGAAGGCCCUGAAGAACAUCCUCCAGAAGUGUGUGCAUCUUCCCGCCCUGGAGCCCCUCCUUCAUGACGCCCCGGCCAACAUCCUCAAGCAUGUCGUUGGUCAGUUCAGCAAGGUGCUGCCCCACGACGCUGCUGCGAGGCGUCUCUUUGUCACCAGCGGAGGCCUGAAGAAAGUCCAAGAGAUCAAAGCCGAGCCUGGAAGCGCUCUUCAUGAGUACAUCAACACCAUUAAUAACUGCUUCCCAGAGGAGAUUGUCAGAUACUACUCCCCUGGUUACUCGGAUGCUCUACUUGAAAGAGUUGAACAGUACCAGCCAGUGGCUUAAACACACCCCUCCAUCAUCGUUAUCUGCAGAUAGACUCAACGCCCAUCCAGUACAAUCCAAGUUUUGUAUUGAUUGUGUAAUGAGUGUAUUUAUAGAGUUCAAACUUAACCUCCUCAAUAUAAAAAUUAAGUAUUCCGUCCCUUCAGAAGUAUUGUUGAACUUGUUGUAUUGGCAGUUUACUUGGAAUGUGUUUAUGAAUGGUGAAGACAAUAUUAUAUUAACUGGGUUUUCUUUUGUGCUUUUACAUCAUGAUUUAUUUAUUACAUGGAGGUAAUUUCAUUAGUUAAUCCUCCUACUCUUGGUACAAUUUUUCAGCGAGCUCACUAGCCAGUUUAAAUUAUUCAGUUGUGCAAUGGUAAACAGUGUACGAUUACAGAAUGUGCACAGAGAUGACGGUGUGCAUUUUGGGUGUACAUGUAGAUGCAUUCACAAAUACCAAAUUGCAGGCUGGCAUAGUGCUUUUAUAAUUCAAAACCACAUGGAUGAUAUUGUCUGGUCACAUCAGUAGGAGGGUUCAUAGUAUUUUUGUUCUUUGACACGUGAAAAGCUCACCUUUGACCUCUCACUACAGGUAGCUUCAAACCAUUGGGUUCGUAGAUGACAGUCUUUAAAUGAUCAUUAAUAUUAUUAUCAUUGACCCUUUGGAACAACUUUUUUUUAAGUAAAAUUGCAAUGUGAAUUAUAACGCCAAGUCACCUAAAAUGUGCACUUCAAUUUAGGAUGUUGAUUAAAAAAAUUACCAAGAAUAUUACAAUGAUGACAUCUUGUGUAUGAAAGGGGCCAAAAGAUGCCACCUGUUGGUAAGACGUCUUUUUAGAGAUCAUGUGAAGAUGCACAAAUGUGUGUCAAAGCCAACCUUAUCACCAAAAGAUGCACAAUCGUCCUACCUACUGAGGUUACCAUGCCAAUGUGUGAUUGUUACUGUUUGAAGGCUUUGGUCGAGUUAUCUUUAGACAACUAGGAGGUCAUUUUUGUGACAUUCAGGGGAAGUGUGUCAGAGCACCCCUAAGCUUUCCACUAUAUUGAACUGAUGUUAUGAAACAAUUGAUUUUUUGUGAGGCAACAACUGUUUAUAUCAUGUGUUACCAUGGCAGCAUGUCUUGUGUUUACAUUUAUAUGUGAUAAGUGUGUACAUAUAUUGACUGUUCAUAAAUAGGUGUUUGAUUUGUUCAAUUUUCGUUUAUAGAGAAAGACAUUGACAAACAAAUUGAUUGCACAAUUUCAAUUGUGUUCUAAACUUUGAUUAUUAGUUUAUUUGAGAAUUGUAUUAUAGAAUUUCUAAAAGUUGUUGCUAUUUUUUUGUAAAUAACUAUAUAGUUUGUGUUAAUCUUUGCACUGAUGUAGUAUAUCCUGUGUAUAACAAAACCCUUAAUAACAGUCUAAAAUAUGCAAAUGAUAAGAUUCAAAUCUCACCUAUUAAAUAUUUGUUAACACAUCGCUUGCAAGAACUUUUGAUAAUUCAACACAGAUUUGGACAGAAGAUCCACUCGGAUUGUUAAUCCGUGUACAAAUAUCAACAAAUUAUCAUUUCAGGGUUUUUGUAUUUGUAUUUUAUUACUACAUGUUUCAUAAAGUAAA